AUGACCCUGCCAGCCACGGGCAACAUGGCGGCAACACCCCCGCCACAGCCGGAGGCUUCGAUCAAUGCCAAAAAUCAGGAGUUGGAGAUGUUUGGCCACCUUUUCAACAGCUUCAGCAACACGGCAACGAGCGGCCAGGCUGCGCAGAAACGCCCACGACCCGAACAGAGGGAUGCUGUCAUGACUCCAGCGCCCGACGAAGCCUCCCUUCCUCGAUCGACAGCCACACCGACAUCCAUCCCCAAGGGCAAAGGCAAGGUCAAGGGGCAGGGCAAGCACGCAGGCAAGAGCAAGGGCAAGGGCAAAGGCAAGAGCAAGGGUCCACAGUCCUCCACCGAGGUGACAAAUCGCACGGAUCCUUGGACUCUGGAUACAUGGACCGAUCCGGACUCGUGGAGCAUGAGCGGAUGGUCCGUGCCGAGCCUGACCACAGCGGAGUCUUCAAGCACCCUGUUGAUGCAGGAGUACUCCGUGCUACCGAUGAUGCUGCAGCUCGCGACGGAAUGGAGACAGACGAUGGAAACCACUCCGACAAAGCUCACGAUGUCACUACGGGAGAUCAUGAUACGGGGUCUGCUCAGGGAGUGGAAAACCCGCCUUCAGGCCUUCCAGAAGAGCGAGGAGACCAAGAUCACUGGACAACGCCUGCAGUGGUUGGACAGCCUGGGGCAUUGGAACUACAUGCAUUGGUGCCCGAUCAAGCAGGAACUAGUUCUGACGGAGCGCCAGGAAUCCAGGUCCACCGAAGAGAUCUUGACCAUGAUCCAGGAGAUGGAGGAGCUGAUCACGGGAGACUCUAUCAAGAACUUCAAGUCCAUGAGACAACUUCGCGAGUCAUAUCAAACGGACUGGGUGCAGUUCCUGGUGGAAGUUCAGCUACGCGGACCAGGCGACAAAUUGUGGACUAUUUUCAACGAUCUCAUCGGCAGUGCAGCGCUCCACCUUCUUGCCGCCCGGCUCCGGCGGAACCGCUAUCGGUACUCGGGCCUAGCCCAGAGCAUCCAGGCCCAGGUCUGGUGA